AUGUCGCUCCGCAGUCUCAUUCCCAUGGCCCGCAUGGCCACCCGCACCUCUACCACUCCUCGCAUUGCAUCGAUGACUCAGCUUCGGUUCAACAGCACUGUUGUUUCCUCCACCCCACCUGCCUCGCUCAACGAGGGCGAGAAGCACCUCUACUCCAAGCUCUUUGAAAAGUUCCAGCCCACCAAGCUCAUCGUCGAGGAUAUCUCUGGUGGAUGCGGAUCGAUGUACCAAGUCGAGGUUAUAAGCUCAGCAUUCAAGGAUUUGAACAUGGUCAAGCAGCACCGUCUUGUCAACGAGACGCUGAAGGAGGAAAUCAAGGGCAUGCAUGGAAUUCGCUUGACUACCAAGGCUACCGCAUAA